UCGGCUCCCACAGAGAUGGACCUUCAGCAGCUCCGCCAUUUAAACCAGGAUCUCUUGCGAAGGUUGAAAGCAAACCAAGAAGAGUUCAGGAGGCGGCUUCCCAUCCGGCUGGCGACUCCUGAGCGCAGAGGGGUGCCCAGUUCCAAGAAUGGGAUCCAGCCACCGUUUUGCACAGGCAUGGAGGGGGCCGCCCUGAGCGCUUCAGCCGCAGGGAAUUCCCACGAGGCCCGACCGGGUCUUCGUUCUCCCUUUCGAGGAACCAGGGCACAGAGUGGACAACAGAGAGAAGGGCGCUCCCCAAGCCGUGGGCCGCUCAGUUCCCCCAGUGUGGUCGUCGUGCCGUCCGGCGAGGCUGUGAGUGGAAGCGACGAAACAGCGGAGGGCGCCCCCCAAAAGUCACCCCUUGUUGCUUUGCACAGCGUGGAGGAGAGAAAGAAGCCGAAGCCCAGAGAGGAGCUGGCUGCAACCCCGGCUAAAGAGGGGGGACGGCAGGGGGCUUCAGCUCAGAUGCCGCCGACCCCCAAGUCCAUUCUGCUCACACCAGGGGGCAAGCAUGCAAAGGCGAGGAAGAAGAAGGAAGCUGGGCGUGUGACAUUUGUUUCCAACACGGAGGAACGUUUGAUCCCAGCGGACAGCUUGUCAGCGUGCCCCUUCCUGGGCUACGACUGGAUUGCAGGGCUGCUGGAGAUGGAUACAUCCCUGGCAGAAAAACCCGAGGAAUAUUUUGCUGAGCUGCAGAAUUUCCGGCAGGUGAACAAAGAGGCUUGCAUCCACGACCAGGACUUAGCGUUGGGAGACAUGGAUUCUUCAGCCCUGGAUCGGGAGACGGAACCAGAUGCGGCUUCCCACCAAUGUGUCUUCUGCUAUCGGUUGAACAAGCGCCUUUUUACAGUGCCGAUGGAUCCGGAAUCGGCCUGCCCCGUUUGCAAAACCCCACGGGCUGAAAAGCCUCCUGAGACACUGGUGGAACCAGCUUUUGUUAGGAUCAGCAUCCCAAGAGCCACCUUUCUCCCCACAUACGAGCAAAAAAUCCAUCGACGGAAAAGCUAUGAGAUGGAAGACAAUUUGGCCCUGCCCUCGCACUGCCUUGCUGGCUGGGAAAACCCCAUCCGAAUUUUCACCCCCAUCCUUAGCAGCCUGGAUCUUCAUUCAUCCCUGGAUUCUCAGGGUCCAUAUCAGAAUCCUGUCUCUAGGGUGUCCGGUGGAACCAGGACAGACAAACUGCUGGACCGCUCUCGAGUGGUGGAAUUUGAACUCAGCAGCAUGCCUUGGAAGGAGACUCACCGAAAGCCGCCACGCUACAAAGCAACUUUCAAUUAAAACCACAUCUGGUAUCUA